AUGAAAUCAACCAUAACUCUAGAAGAAGUAGUGAAUAAAUUAGAUCAUCUCCCUUCACCGUUAGCCACCAGAAUGCCAAACAUCAAAGUAUUCAGCGGGAGCUCGCAUCCUGACUUAGCCCAGAAAAUCGUCGAUCGUCUGGGCAUAGAUCUCGGUAAAGUGGUAACCAAGAAAUUUAGCAACAUGGAAACGUGUGUUGAGAUCGGUGAAUCCGUCCGUGGCGAAGAUGUUUACAUCGUUCAGAGUGGUAGUGGUGAAAUUAAUGAUAAUCUGAUGGAGUUGCUUAUAAUGAUAAAUGCAUGUAAAAUUGCAUCCGCAUCUCGUGUAACCGCCGUGAUUCCUUGCUUCCCGUACGCCAGGCAGGAUAAGAAAGACAAAAGCAGGGCUCCAAUUACGGCGAAGCUCGUCGCUAACAUUUUAUCAGUGUCUGGGGCCGAUCAUAUAAUAACAAUGGACCUUCACGCGUCACAGAUUCAAGGUUUCUUUGAUAUACCCGUCGAUAACCUAUUCGCCGAGCCGGCGGUGUUGAAAUGGAUCAAGGAAAACAUACCGGACUGGAAAACAAGUAUCGUAGUAUCGCCCGACGCCGGUGGUGCUAAAAGAGUGACGUCCAUCGCUGAUAGAUUGAAUGUAGAAUUCGCUCUCAUCCAUAAAGAACGGAAAAAAGCUAACGAAGUCGCCUCAAUGGUGUUAGUUGGUGAUGUAAAAGACCGCACAGCUAUACUGGUUGAUGAUAUGGCUGACACUUGCGGGACAAUCUGUCAUGCUGCGGAGAAAUUAAUUGAGGCCGGGGCUACUAAAGUUUAUGCUAUUUUGACCCACGGAAUCUUCUCCGGCCCGGCCAUUUCUCGGAUUAACAAUGCUUGUCUAGAGGCUGUAGUGGUAACAAAUACAAUUCCCCAGGAAAGGCAUAUGCAGGAUUGCCCUAAGAUCCAAUGCAUCGAUGUGUCCAUGAUGCUUGCCGAAGCUGUCCGACGUACACACAACGGCGAAUCAGUUUCAUACUUGUUUUCUAAUGUUCCAUACUAG